ACGCACACCCUUGUCACGUGACAGCCUGGUGCAGGACUGAAUCGUCUGGCUGUAUCCUGGUAUGGCGGACGGGGAGCGCUCUCCUCUCCUCUCGGAUCUUAGCGAUGGAGCUCUUAGCAGCGGGGCCGGUGGGAUGCUGCCGGGAGCCCCUCCAUUCGGCCAUCCGAACAAACCGCAAGGUUUUCCAAGCUUCCCCAGUUCCCAGCCAUCUGUGCUUCCCGGGGAGGACCCGCCACCAUAUUCUCCCAUGACGUCACCAGAGAGUGGCAGUGCACCCAUGAUCAGCUGCAGAGUGUGCCAGUCGCUUAUCAAUGUCGAGGGCAAGAUGCACCAACAUGUUGUUAAGUGUGGGGUGUGCAAUGAGGCAACGCCAAUAAAAAAUGCUCCAGCUGGGAAGAAGUAUGUCCGCUGUCCUUGUAACUGUCUGCUGAUCUGUAAAGUAACAUCACAAAGGAUAGCUUGUCCCCGGCCGUACUGUAAAAGAAUAAUUAACUUGGGUCCUGUUCAUCCUGGUCCGGUCAGUCCUGAACCUCAGCCAGUUGGAGCAAGGGUGACGUGUGGCCAUUGUAAAAACACUUUCCUGUGGACAGAGUUUACAGAUAGGACAUUAGCGAGGUGCCCACACUGCAGAAAAGUGUCCUCAAUUGGUAGACGGUACCCAAGGAAGAGAUGUCUCUGGUGUUUUCUUCUGGGUCUUCUUUUUGCUGUCACUGCUGGUGGCCUUGUUGCUGGCACAUGGAAACCUGCUCAAAAAUAUGGAGGCAUUUAUGCAUCUUGGGCUGUGGUGAUGCUGCUGGCCCUCAUUUGUUUAGGCCGUGGCUGCUAUUGGGCUUGUAUGAGGGUCAGUCAGCCUGUUCAGAACUUCUCAUAGAACCUGAACAAAUGUGAUUUGUUAGGCUGGAGGUAUCAGAGAACAACGUAAGGGAAGAGAGCAGUCUCAUUGCACCUUUUUUUUUUCUCCCCAGUGGUAAGAUGUCAUUGUCGGUGAACAAAAACCCAUUCCUUUAGUCUUUUCAUUCUCAGCAAUUUAAAAGUCCUGAACCCAACAUCCCUCGGAUUUCUCUACCAAAAAGGUCAUGCAUAUCGUGUCACAUACUGUUGGAGUUGUCCGGUACCCUAAGCCGUUCUUCAGUUCUUGUAUCCAUGUAUUGCCCACCUGCUUUUGAAGGCUGCUCUUUAUGGUUCAGUUUGUUUUCUACGCCAAUGUUUCACCUACAGAUAUGGACAUAUCCACCAAUUACUUUAUUAAGGGCAGAAAAAUCACACAAACAUCCACGAGUUCCUGUUGGUCAGCCUGGAUCAGCCCCUCUGUUCAGUUGUGGUGUCAGUUUGUGGCGUUUAGUUUAGAGCUGUUGGCAGAGCCAGAGUUGUGUAAUAAGUGACACAAUUAGGCAUCUCAUGUGUCAAAAUGUAAAUAAAAUGGGCAUUAUUUUUAUUAAGUUUUAAAAUAUGUAAAAUUCCUGCUUUCACUAGAAAGCAACAAAGAUGGAAGGUGUACGUAUGUUUUAUGAAGAAUGACAUUUGCUAUGAAUGAUACUUCAUAUCCGUCCUUUAUUAUUCAUCCGUACAAACCCUUUAAUGAAAGUCGAAUCUAUUUUUAAUAUGCAGUAAUGUCUUUUUUUUAACAAUUACCAUUUGUAUAAUGGAUGUAGUCUUACUACUCGCGUAUUGCACUAAAAGCGAUUGACUUGAUUUGCUGCGUUGGCACCUGUCCCACCCAGCGUUUCUUUAACACUUUCUGUUGCUGACGGGUUGGACUGAUCAAUUUUUAACGACUCUCAAAAGCUUAGAUCCACUUGGACAGUCCCCCGUCAGAUGAAUUUUUAGCUGUCGGCAAAACUCUUUGUAGGUUUUUCGGUAGCAUUAGAAGGUCCGUUCAUGUUUCACUUUUUAAAGGCUCAAUUUAUGAAAGAGCCAAUGAGAUCAGAAGACAACAAGCAAAACUUUCUUAAAUUCCUUCCCCUUUAUUGUACGUUUACCGGUGGUUUUAUAAUUGCUGCCUGGCUGGUUUGAAAAUUGGUCAACAUUAUCGGCACCCUUACAUUUUAUCUACAAUAUAGUGAGAAAUAAUUGGAAAGUACAGUAUAUCAUCAUAAUCAUAUUUGAAGCGUGUUCAAAGGUAUAAAACAAACAAAGACAUCAGUGCAACUCGGUUGUAGUACUUUAGGAGGAAAAUAAAGCAAAUCUGACCUGGAUAUGAUUAUUGGCAGUGAUGAUGGCCUCCAUAGGAUUCUCAUAGCCACCCAUAAGUUUCACACGUCUGUCUGCCAGUAGUAGGAUUUGUUCCAUUUCAGUAGUGCUUCCAGGAUUCAUUUUACUAAUGGUGGAUUUCAGCCCUUUCAUUUGGCUCUCAGUUGGAUUCAUAGCUAGUCAGUUUUAACCACUGGAUGUAUUGUCCUGCUGGAGGACCCAUAACCUUUGACCCAGACCUUGCUUUCUGACUCUGGGUAGCACAUUUAAUGACGAAUUGGCAUUUCCUCUGACUUCAUGAUUCUUUUAGUAAGUUAAAGGCCUCCAUUUUCUGAGGCAGCAAGCCAACCCCAGAACAUUAUGGAAUUUCCACCAUGUUUAACUUCUGUUCCUUAAAGGCUUAAUAUCUUUACCUAUACACGUAUAGCUGGUCUACAUUGCCAAAGAGGCCAAUUUUGGUUUCAGCUAUCCACAGAACAUUUUUCCCAAAUGUAUUGUGGUUUCUCAAGAUAUGUAUAGGAAAAGGUCAGGUCGUCCUUUUUGAUUUUUUGAUUCAAUAUAUUUUGUUAUUUGUCUUUUCAUAUGACCAUUGGGGGUGAUGCUCAGCCAUUGUGCAGCAUCCCUGGGGCAUUUCUCUAGUUAAGGUCCUUGCUCAAGGGUCCAAUUGAGGUUAAUCCCUUCUGGCAGUAACGGGCUUUGAAGUAGCAACCCCCUUGGGUAUCCGCAUUUAUUGUUUAGUGCGCAGUAUAUGGAGUUGGAGCUGCUUGAAACCACCUCUCCAGAUUGCUUUAAGUCAUCUCUGAGCUCUUCAGAUGUCAUUGUAUGUGGUGUUCUCUUCUUUUCAACAGUUCAUGUUAACCUUGAAAGACUUCUUGGAUUCACUUUCCUCUUCCCAACACAUCCUGGGAGGUUUUUGACAGUCCCAUGAGCAGGAAACUUCUUACUACGAUUGCAAACUGUAGACACAAAAUCCCAAGGUCUUUGGAGAUGUUUGUGUACCCUUUUUGGCAUUUUUAUGUUUGGUCAUAAGGACUUUUCUGACUUGUCUCAGGCAGAUCUCUUGUCAUCACCUUUGUGAUAAAGGAACAGGGUUUAAACAUUAAAGCCAUCAUUCAUUGGUUAAUUCAAGUCAUGUGAGUACUUAACCCUUGGUUUCAUUGCCAUGGGGAUAGAGUCCUUUAGUUCAAGCUGAUUUAAUUUGUUCAUAAGGGUGCCAAUAAUCAUGGCCAGGUUGUUUUGUUUCUCAGAGAUGACUGUACCUGAGUUGCACUGACAUCUUGUUUUUGUUGUAUCCCUUUGAAUGUAUUAGGAUGGUGUAAAGUUGGUGUAUUUCCAGUUCUUUCUCAAGAUAUUGUACAUAACAUGCCAAUGAUGUUGACCACAACUGUACUUGUUUUCUGUCAACUCUUCCGGCUUUUAGUGUUGCCCCUUUGCCAUGGUGAAACGUGGCAUUGCCAGCACGGUUUGCUAUUGCUGUAUCAGUGUGACACUUAGAGCACACGGCAGCAGUGCGUUCUCUACAUUUCAGCAUUUCCUAACCGUUACCAGCUCUGAUGUUGAGCAGAUGAAGCACGUGUGUAGCUCUGCUGUGAGCCGAGACCUUCCUUGGAUGGGAUGUGAACCAAAAUGCACUAAGAAUAAAGCCGGUGGGCAAAAUUCACAUUUCGAGAAAUUGAAGUAUACUGGCAGGCCAAGACUUUGCUAGCCAGCACUUCGUAUGACAUUUCAGUUGAAGAAUAAAAGAAGCAAAGUACACCAUUUUCUUUUUUUCAGAGUGCACUAGAACGUGUCAUUUUGCACAAAAUUACAAAUGAAAUGUUAAGUUCUUUUAUUAAUUUAUUUGGAUAACUUUUUUUUUUUUUUUCAAGCUUUAGUGUAACAGUUCCUACUUUAUUAAAAAUUACGUAGGAUUCAAAUUUUACAAUAUGUAGAUGGCUUUCAUGAAAUUUGCACAAGAUUUGAAUAUGUGGCUGACUGUGUUCUCGAGGGCAGUUUAGACAAAAUUAUAAAUGAAGGAGUUCAAUCUAAAAGAAUUCAUUGUGACAGCAGGGACACUUAAGUGGUCUUGCAGUGACGAGAAAACGUUUACAGUGGAAUUAAUGGGUAAAGAUUCGAGGAGCCUCAAGAAGGGCCGCACAAAUGGUUCAUGCAGAGACCCCUCAGAAUUGGAGUUUAUUGGGAAGUGCUUUUAAAACCUACAACCCCUGGCAAAAAUGAUGGAAUCAGCACUCUUAGAGGAUGUCUGUUGCCAAAAAGACAAAUUACAGAUGUGACACAAAGCUAUUUUAUUCAACAGCUGAACAUUCUGGAAUUGUAAAAUGUACCUCCAAAAAUUAAAUUAAAUUGUAAUUAAUGGCCAAUUUUUUGUUCAAACCAAGUAGAGGAAAAAAAUGAUGGAAUCAUUAAUCACACAAAAUUCGAAUUAGUACUUUGUUGCACCUCCUUUGGUUUUUAUGACAGCUUGAAUUCUUUGAGGCAUGGACUUCACUAAUAAAAAUCAAUAUUCUUCAUCAAUCAGGUGCCAGCUUUCUUGUAUAGCAGUUGACAGAUCAGCUUUGCAGAUUGGAGCUUCGUCAUCGGCCAUUCCCCCCACACAAUUUUCCACAUUAAAUUUUCGAUCAGGUUGAGACCUGGAAUGUUUGCUGGCCAUAUCAUUGAGUUGAUUUGCCUUUACUGAAGAAAAGUUUGAAAGCUCUUUGCUUUUUGGCAAGAGGUAUUAUCAUCCUGAAAAAUGACUUCAUCCUCACCAUGCCUACUUUCGGUUGAUGGAAUGAGAAAACCGUCCAAAAUUUCAUUGUACGCCUGUGUGUUUACUGUAGGACUCCUUUACCUGACAUUCAACCCCAUAUAAGCAAUGCCUGUGGAAAUUUGUUUUAUUUCUUCAGGCAGUCCUCUUUAUACGUUUCAUUGGAUCGACACCAAAUAAAAGUUCGAGAGUCAUCUCCGUGGCCAGUGCAGAUUUGCGGUUCAUUAUUACUUCCAUCCAAUCAUUCACAGUCCAUGGCUGCUUCUCUUUAGCCCACUGUUUCCUUCUGUUUAGGCGUUAAUGAUGGUUUACGUUUGGCUUUUGUGUAUUUAUGUCCCGUUUGAUUCAGCCAGUUUCUUCCGGUUCACUCACAAAUAUUGACUCCUGUUUCUGCCCGUUUGUGUUUUUCAUUUCUAUUGUUUUGCAUUUUCCAGGCAUAAUUGCUUCGAGUUUUUUGUCCUGGCGCUUUGAUGUCUUACCAGGAUAUUUCCCUUUGCUGCCUUCCCCAUUUUGUUUGUUCUUGCUCCACAGUUGAAUGGGAACAACCAACAUUUUUUGCCACACUCCCUGUUGAAGUACCUUGAAGGAGUUUUAUGAUCCUUUCCAUUGUUUUAACUGACAGCUCUUUUGUUGGGGCCGUGUUUGCUGCCAAUCAGUCCGGUGUCACAGUUCAGUGAGGUCUGCAAGCACUUGCUUUGAACUGCACUCUCAUUGGCCAGUUUAGACUGUUUUACAAAUGCAGAUUACCAGGUGAUUCCAACAUUUCUUCCUCAUCCUUGCAUGAUUACAUUUUUCCUUUGCUUGGUCUGAACAAAACACAUACCAUUAAUUACAAGAGUUUCAUUUUUUUUGAGGUAUAAAAUAGUUUUGUGUCACAUCUGUGAUUUGUUUUUUGGCCACAAAGUAAAACCACUAAAUGAACCUCCGACGAGAGUAGUGAUACCAUCAGUUUUGCCAGUCAAACUUUCAUCUUCAUGCGUCUUCAGUACCUUGUAACUCCCAUCAUGAAAUCACGAACAGGGAUCCAGGCUGCCAAGCAUUUACCCAUAGUUCUCUGCGGCGUGUGCUUUGUUAGUUUUUUUUGGUUUGUUUUUUUGAAGGCCAUCCCCUUUGAGAAGAGCACAAUUCCCCCCUUUGUCCUCUUGCCCAGCCUUAUACUCUGCCAAAUGAGCUCCUGGUGACAGUUACCAUGGAGUCGAUGAUUUGUCUUCUGCUGUACAUACACGGUAUAUCGAUAGAAUCGAGUCGUCUCGCUUUCUCUC